AUGUCCACAGAAGCCGCCACCAACCCCAGCCCGCGGAGCGAGAAGUCAGUUUCUGUGCAGCAUCCUCUAUCGGCCUUAUCGGCAUCAGAACUUCGGAAUGCCGCGGCAAUCAUUAAAGCUUCAUGGCCUGCACACACAGAUUUGCACUUCAAAGUCGUUACGCUGCAGGAACCACCAAAGGCUGAAGUACUAAAGUACUUGGAGGCUGAGCAUAGCGGCAAGCCAGUUCCAUCUAUCUCAAGGAAAGCCUUUGUUAACUACUACAUUCGGAAUACUAGCAAGUUUCACGAGGCCGUUGUAGACUUGACCUCAGGGCGUGUCGACUCCAAUAUCUUGCUAGGGCCGUUCGUCCACGCCAAUGGAGAUGGCGACGAGAUUGUCGAGAUCGAAAAACUCGUUCUGGCAGAUGAGAAGGUGCAAGCCGAAAUAGCCAAGCUCGAGUUGCCCAAAGGCACAGUAGUGAUUAGCGAUCCCUGGAUCUACGGUUCUGAUGGUGUCGGAGACGAAGACCGACUGUACCAAUGCUUCCUCUACUUGAGGGAUCCUAUGAACUCAUCAGAGGCCGACUCCAACCACUACGCAAUGCCCCUUCCAAUCUCACCUGUUGUGAGCACAGAAAGUAUGCGUGUCAUCCGGGUUGAUUUGCUACCAACUGGAGCAGACAACACAAUCAAACCAGUUGAGAAGUACAAGAUACAACCGCCCAACGAGUAUAUACCCGAGGCCCAGACGCUGCGAACCGAUCUCAAGCCGCUUAAUGUCGUUCAACCCGAGGGUGCGAGCUUCCAGGUCGAACAGCAAGGCACAUCGAGCGUCAUUUCAUGGCAAAAAUGGAACUUUCGAGUUGGCUUCAACCAGCGCGAAGGCAUGGUGCUGUACGACGUCCGUUACGAUAACCGUAGUUUGUUUUACCGAUUGAGCUUGAGCGACAUGAACAUUCCAUAUGCGGACCCGAGGCACCCCUUUCAUAAAAAGAGUGCGUUUGAUUUGGGCGAUGUUGGUGCCGGCAUCAUGGCGAACAACCUCAAGCUGGGCUGCGACUGUCUGGGCUCCAUCUACUAUCUAAGCGCAGUGUUGGCCGAUAAUAAGGGUGAUGUUGUUGAAAUGCCCAAUGUUGUCUGUGUUCACGAGCAAGACGCCGGAAUCGGUUUCAAGCACACCAAUUAUCGCACAGGCCGUGCCGUCGUUGCCCGAAAUCGCGAGUUGGUACUACAGAGUAUCAUCACCGUAAGCAACUACGAGUACAUCCUGGCCUUCAUUUUCAACCAGGCCGGAGAAAUCGACUAUGAGAUCAGAGCCACUGGCAUUCUGAGCACCCAACCUAUCGACGAGGGUGUAGAAGUGCCCUUUGGUACAGUUGUGCAUCCAGGUGUGUUGGCUGUCCACCACCAGCACAUAUUCUCGUUGCGUGUUGAUCCCAUGCUCGACGGCUACGACAAUCGUCUGGUAUACGACGAAGCGUUUGCGAUGCCGUGUUCAGACUUCAACCCCCAUGGUACUGGCUACUACGUCCAGGAGACCGUCGUGGAGAAGUCUGGCGGUUAUGACAUUGCGUACGAGAACAACCGUACCUUCAAGAUUCAGAAUCCCAACGUGCGAAAUCCUAUUAAUGGAAAGCCAGUCGCAUACAAGAUACAAGCGCCACCAUUCCAGAAGAUCCUAUCAGACAAGGACUCAUUCAACUACAAGCGCGCCGAGUUCUCAGACCACAACAUCUAUGUCGUCAAGCACAAAGAUGGUGAGCUGUAUGCGGGUGGGCUGUACACCAAUCAAUCUCGAGGCGGAUCUGGUGUACGUUCAUGGGCGGAGAGGAACGAGAACGUCAAGGACACCGACUUUGUGGUCUACAUCCAAGCAGGAAUCAACCACGUUCCUAGGAUCGAGGAUUUUCCUGUGAUGCCGUGUGAGAUUAUCAAGAUUCACAUGAAGCCGGUCAACUUUUUCGACAAGAACCCUGCGUUGGAUGUACCGCCAAGCGAGCAGGCGUUUAACAAGAGUAGCUUGCUGAGUGAGCAGCACCAGCAACCUAGUGUGACUGCGACGAUUGGUGAGGAUGGCGGAACCGAAGAGCUCAUCAUCGAAACCCUUGGUCGCGUCGGUCAGGUCCUCAACUUUCGCUUGGUGUACGACAAGGAAACCGGGCGCCCCAAAGGCUUUGGCUUCGCAGAGUUCGCCGACGCUGAUGCCGCAGCCUCCGCGGUGCGAAACCUCAACGACUACGAUUUGAUGGGAAGGAAGCUGAGGGUCGACUGGUCCAACGAGAGCGGCUCCGGCGACAAUGCGCCGUCAAAUCGCGACCAGAACGCGCAGCCAACCAUGGGCAUGAACGGCCAGCAGCCAGCAGCGCCAGCACCGGCGCAGCCAUCGAGCACCUUGGGCCCUCUUCCACCGGGCGUCGAGCUACCGCCCAACCUCACCUGUCCCGAUGCCAUUUCGCGCACGCUCUCUACACUCCCUCCAGACCAGCUCCUCGACAUCCUCUCACAGAUGAAGGGCCUCGUAAUGACGGAUCCGGCAAAGGCGACAGAGCUCCUGCGACAAGCGCCUCAGCUGGCUUACGCCAUUUUCCAGUCGCUGCUGCUCCUCCAGCUGGUCGACCCACAAAUCCUGACCUCGCUUGUGGAGACAUCGGCGGCGCCUGCCCCAGUUGCGCAGGCUCCACCUGUUCAGCAAGUACAGCAACCACCACCGCAAGUUGCGCGACCACCUGUAAACUACCCCGGAUACCCACCGCAAGUUGCGCCUACACCUCCUGUUCCGCAGCCAUAUGCGCAGCCUCCACAGCAACCACAAGCACCUCCUACGGACCAACAAGCCUUAUAUGCCCAGGUCAUGGCUCUGUCGCAGCAGCAGAUUGACCAGUUGCAACCAGAAUAUCGCGCGCAGAUCCUGCAAAUACGGCAGAUGUUAAUGGCUGGCGGACGGCCCUAG